ACCCCACGCAAGUAGAUUAAGGUGACCAGACGUCCAUAUUUACCCGGGACAGUCCCAGUUUUGAGCUUUGUGUCCCCUGUCCCAUCACAUUUAUCCAAAACCAAUGAUUUGUCCCAGUUUUAUACAAGAAAUGUCCCAGGUGUCCUUAUUUUCGACCAAGUUGAUCCCGACGAACAGUAAAGAGAGGCAUAAAUUGUCAUUUGUUUAGGUAAAAUACAGAAAAGCUGCUUAAAAAUGACUAAAACACCAAGAAAAUGUGAAUAUACUGACUAUUGUGAAAAUCUGGUCACUCUAUUCAGACCCCUUCAGACUUUGCAUUUAUUUUGUCCUAAUUGAGCUUCCGUAGUGUGUGUGUGUGUUUUUUUUUUUUAGGGGGGGUUCUUUAUACAGCGCGGUCUAUGGUUAUUUUAUGUGUGAUUGAAGGGUAAAAGGAGUGCGCCUACAAUGUCCACUUUCCGCUUCGGGCAGCACCUGAUUCGGACCUCGGUAGUGUUCCUGAAGACCGAGCUGUCCUUUGCUCUGGUGAAUCGCAAACCUGUGGUCCCCGGGCACGUCCUGGUGUGUCCCGUGCGGGUGGUGGAGCGGUUCGGAGACCUCAGACCGGAGGAAGUGUCGGAUCUGUUCUGCACCACGCAGAGAGUAGCGCGGCUCGUGGAGCGUCACUUCGCCGCUACUUCACUGACCAUCUGCGUCCAGGACGGGGCCGAGGCGGGACAGACCGUCAGGCACGUACACGUACACGUCCUGCCCCGGAGGAAGGGUGAUUUUGAGCGGAAUGACAGCGUUUACGACGAGCUUCAGAAACACGACGCGGAGGACGAGGACCCGGCCAAGUGGAGAAGCCCGGAGGAGAUGGACCGAGAGGCGGCAGAGCUCAGGGACAGACUGAAGGAGGGACGGUGAUCCAGUCAGAAAUGGACAAGCUACCUGUUUUUUUGUUUUUGUUUUGUUUUUUUCAUAAUAAGGACUUCACGCUCCAUACUAAUGAACAUGUGUGUCAAUAUUUAUUCUUAUUCGCCUUCAACACUGUGAACACCUUGAAAACUAAAAACUAAGACUGCUCUAAUAAUACAGAAUAAAAUUAAUUUAAUUUUUACCUCAAAA